CCUAUGUACCUAUGUACGCUAGUGUUCCUUCUUCAGCCCCGUUCCUUCAUACAUUAGGUACCUAUGUAACUGCAUAGGUAUCUCACUACCUACUAUGUACAUAUGUAUGCAUGUAGGGAUGUACUAUGUAAAGUAAAACGUUAUACUGUGGGAAUAGUGGAAUCUGUCCCUGACGUCCUUCGGGGGCCAUCAUUUCCUCCUAUGUACGAAUACAUACACUUCCCGAAUUCAAACUUGAGGUUGUGAAUGUUAACUCGUCUACGUCGGCGAAUAUGGAUAGCUAGCUAGCUGGUGCUGCUUGAAGCUAUCGGGAUAACCAUAACGACAGCUAUAUCCAUAUCCAUAUCGGUCUUGUGUUUCCAAUUAUAGCUCGUCUUCCGCCUCGACGAUAUAUGCAUCAGCUGUAGUUAUAUGUAUCUGGUCUAAGAAUUCCCGAUACUAGGUAUACGAUACGAUAGAUACGAUACGAUUUCCAGAAAGCCCAAGCUACAACACAGCUAAACACCGUCGUCAAUAUGCCUCCCGACCACGAAGCUCAAGAGCCUAUGCUCUCCGUCUCACACCCACCAUCACACUCGCCAUCUCCCUCUCCCUCUCCCUCCCCGACGCCCCCGUCUCCACGCCCAGACGUUCCUCUUCCGCCAUGGGUACGCCCCAACUUACAACGGCCUACAUCCAACUCGCAGCGCCUCUCAACACCAUACUCCCGCUCCGCAGCCGCCAACAACAACAGCAACAACGACUCCUCCGAGCCCUUCGGCCGCCGCAUAAUGCGCGCCAGCGUGUCCUUCUCCAACAAGAUGCUCAAGCUAUUCUACAGCAUGACCCUUCUCCAGCGCAUCAUCGCCGUGUCCGCCCUGGUCCUCGUCAACGUCCUCCUGGUCCUGUUCCUCGUGUACUCGCACCGCAUCUUCGCCGCCCUGGCCCCUAUCGCCAAGGGCUGGCGCGCGCUGCCCGGCGGCUGGGUCAUCGUGUUUCUGAUGACGUGCGCGUCGGGCUUCCCGCCUAUGAUCGGGUACAGCACGUGCAUCACCAUCGCGGGUUUCGUCUACGGGUUCCCGGGCGGCUGGCCCAUCGUCGCCAGCGCCACCGUCUUCGGGUCUACCGCUGCCUUUCUCGCCAGCAGGACCAUAUUCAGCGGAUACGUGCACUCGCUGGUCGGCGCGGACAAGCGAUUCGUCGCUUUAGGACAAGUCCUCCGUCGAGACGGCUUGCUCGUCCUGGCCGCUAUCCGCUUCUGCCCGCUGCCGUUCAGUCUCAGCAACGGGUUCCUCGCCACCAUCCCCAGCAUUUCACCGUGGCGCUUCGCGCUCGCGACAGCCAUGGCCUCCCCCAAACUUCUCGUGCACGUCUUCAUCGGCAGCCGGCUAGCCCUCCUCGCCGAGAGCGGCGAUACCAUGAGCGCCGGCGACAAGGCCAUCAAUUACCUAAGCAUGCUGCUCGGCAGCGCCGUAGGGAUUACCCUCAGCCUGUUUAUAUACCGGCGCACGAUGGCGCGCGCCAGAGAACUCGCACGCGAAGAGGGUGCUGAGAACGGAGUCGCGGUAGACGGGGAAUUAGAUGAGGAGUUGGGUCUAGGGUAUGGAGACUUGGAAGAGGGAAGACGGCAGCGAGCUGGCGAGGCGGAUGAAGCGGCGCUGAUGGAUGAUGACGAUAUCUCGCUGUGGGAGACGGAUGCAGUUGGCGGAGGAUACAGGGAUGAGUCGGAGGAGGAAGAUGCUGUCGGAAACGGGAAUAGAAAGGUUUCCAACGGAGAGCAUCGAUAGAUGGAUGGGCAUUGUCGACCGUUUGCAAGCUUACCAAGGGAUUCGUUCGUGUACGAAAUACGGGAUACAAUAGGCGUCUGGCGAGUCGAGAGCAUAAGAAAGGGCGGCUCAGUUACAAGUUUGGCAUUUUGGAGUGUACGGCAUAACAUGGAUGGGAAUAUCGAAUCGCAUUAGCUAGAAGGGAUGGGCACCUAGGUAGGCAGGUUACUUUGAUUUCGCUUGUGGAAAAGAAUAUU